AUGGAGGCGACACAAACACCCCCCCGGCUCCUGUUCCGAAAGAACGGACGACCGCAGGCGUGCGAGCCGUGCCGGAAGCGUAAGGUCGCCUGCGAUCAUGCGCAACCCGUGCAGGAAGUCGAAGCGCCCCGGCGAGGCGUGCGAAUACAUUCUGGGCGACAGCCCGGCACCAAGAGACGCCCCGAGAACGACUCGGCCGAGGGAAAGCCGGCGCAGCUCGAGGGCCCCUUCUCUGCCGUUGGCGGCACCAACCUUCCCACUACCUCCCGCAACGGCAACACGACUCGUACCGGAACCGACGUCGACGGGAACAACGACAACAACGUCAUCGGCAUCCGUGAGAACCGCCGCAAGCCGACCCCCCCGGACUCGGUCGGCACGGGGACCACCCCUGCCGUCCUCGGAAUCGGCUACCUUGGCUUCACCUCCUUCUGCGGCAUCUACGAGGAGACCCGGUCCAGCCUGAACCGGCUCCAGCCCUCCGGCGCGACCCCGAUCGGCGAGAUCGGGGCUACGGCUAACUGCGGGCUCGAGUGCUCCCCGCCCCUGACGAACCAGGCCCUGGAGACGUGCCUGACCAUCCUCCGCCACGUCCCGGACCCGGACGUGGGUCUGAAGCUGUUUGAAAGCCACGUCAACCCGAGCGACGGCUGGAUCCGCCUGGCCGCGAAGCGCAUGGUGACGUCGCUGUACGAGACCUUCCCGCAGUACUUUUGCGCAGCCGGAAAGGCCGACGAUGCGCAGCUGACGGCUCUCUCCCGCACCAUCUGCCAAAACACCGCAAAGUGCGUGUCCGACGAGGAGUCCGACCCCGAGAAAUGGAUCGCUCAGUUCACCGGCACGAACCUGCGAUGGGAGUCGCUGGGCGUCAUGUUUGUGUACUGGGAGCUGGCGGCCCGGUACCUCGGCCCUUACCGGCCUGACGUCGGCUCACAGUUCCAAUGCGUCGACGAGGGGACCAGGGUCGUGUUGCAAUACCGUUACUGUGUCGGUGCGAGCAUAGAGCUGACCAAGGCCGCAGGCAGCGGGGGCAACACCCUGCUGCUCUUCAUGUCUGCGAAGCGGACCAUUAUCGAGUCCAUCUUCUCGGGCGAUGCGAGUUUCGCCUGUUGGCAAACGCACGCCGAAACGGUGGCCCUGUCGACCUUUCUCGGCUUCCACGACGAGGUCGCUGCAGAGCCGUAUAAGCCGACCAUCUGCUCCGAGAUCAAGCGCAAACUCUUUUGCUACGUCUUCUACAUGGACAAGGUGCUGGCCUCGUUCGCCGGCCGGCCACCGCUCAUCAGUCGCCGCUACGCCCGCACGCCGCCGCCUCUGGAUCUCAAGGACGAGUACCUUCUCUCGGACGAGGCCACACUGGCCCGUCACGUGGCCGCCCUCGACGAGAACGGGUGGAACACGGAGGGCGACCUGAACUCCGCCACCAUCGUCCGGGCCCGCGUCAUGCUGGCGCAUAUCCGGGAUGAGCUGUUCGAGAUUGCUCUCGGCCACGGGCCGGUGACGCCGGUCGAAACACUUCUACGACACCGAGCACUAGCCGGUAUCAAAGGCGAGGGCAAGGGCGCUGCUGACUUCAACUGCUCCAGAGAGAUCAAGGAAAGGCAGCUUCGAACAGUCGCCGGUCUGCCCAAGAUCCUCGUCUUCCAAGAAGAGGACGUCCAGGACAGGAAACUCGACGUGCCGCUGCUGUACGUCCGGCUCAUCGUCCACCUCGAACACCUCCAGAACAUGUUCUUUAUCGAACGUCUGCUCGCUAAGCGGGGCCACGAUGACGGCGCCCUGCUUUCCGUCAGCUUCGAGAUGGUGUCGAAAACGCUCAUGUUCUGGACGAACAUGGACCGUCUUUCCUGCAUGAACGGAGAUUUUGAGUGGCUCGUCAUGGCCUACGCCGCCCCCGGCGGCGGCAUUCUCUGCCUCGAGCUCCUCAAGCCCACCCUCCACGGCGGUAACCACCCGCAGAACCCGAAACUGACGCGGUCAAGUAUCAUACAGAAGCUGAGCCUGCUCGUGGGCUUCCUCGACUGGGUCAGCCCGACGGCGCCCAACGGCGACCUCUGCGCCGACUGCAAGUGCAUCAUCCAGCACGUCCUCGACCAAGCCCUCAACGGCCCCGCCGCCUCGACCUCGUCCGCAGUGGACGGCGACUUCCCCGCGGCCCUGGACGCCAUGGACUGGGACUUCUCCACCCAGCUCGACUUCAACUUUGACCUGCUCGAUACGUUCGAUUGGCUGCGCCCCGAGGUUCCAUCGGGCCAGCAGUCGUGA